UGCAAAUACGGCGACAAACGGUGUUGCUUUGAAUGCGAUUUGUCUUGUCUGAUGGUCGCGUGCUGCGUGUUGACACUUUUCGCAGCGCAGAAUUUAAUUUAAACUCGGGAAAUGGGCCGACACCGACAGAUCGGCUUGUGUGCGCUGCUGAUAACCACUAUUUGCUGCGGCAGUAGCGUUUCUUCAGGAGACUUGCAGCGCCAGUUUGCCAAACAGCAGCAGCAGAGUGCGGGAACUAACCGCAAAGAUGAAGUUGAAGAGCAGGACGAGUGCUUUAUGUGCGGUGGCACCGUUGUCUUUGUUUUGCUUGGACUUUUACUCUUUUUUAUCUGCUACUCUGGAUUGUUGUGCAUGUGCGUGCCGUGUGAGUGGGCGAGUCGAACGGCGAUGCUUCGGCGGAUUCGCGACCUGCUCGACCACAAUCGACCUGGCGAGUUGAGAGACGAGCACGGGGCCCUGCUGGGCCGAUACGAGCCCACGGCCCACGAAAUCGCCGCCUUCAAGCAACUCGAGGAGGACUUCCAAGAGCUCUAAACGCUCACACGACAACUCCAGAUGAAUUUAA